AGGAGCCCAGCUGGCUUCACCCAGUGGAUCCUGCAGGGGGCUGCAGGUGGAGCUGCCUGCCAGUCCGGCGCCUUGCGCCUGCACUCCCCAGUCCUUGAGCGGUUAAUGGGACCGGGUGCCCUGGAGCAGAGGGUUGCGCUCAGGGAGGCUGGGCUGAACAGGAGCCCACAGCGAAGCCGGGAGGCUCAGGCAUGGCGGGCUGCAGGUCCCCAGCCCUGCCCUGCGGGGAGGCAGCUAAGGCCCCGCGAGAAAUCGAGCGCAGCGCCGGUGGGCCAGCACUGCUGGGGGACCCAGUGCACCCUCCACGCCUGCUGGGCCGGGUGCUAAGCCCCUCACUGCGCGGGGCCGGCAGGGCCGGCCAGCUGCUCCGAGUGCCGGCUGCGGAGCCCACGCCCACCCAGAACUUGCGCUGGCCCGCAAGCGCCGCGCGCAGCCCCGAUUGCCGCCGGUGCCUCUCCCUCCACACCUCCCUGCAAGCGGAAGGAGCCGGCUCUGGCCUCGGCCAGCCCAGAAAGGGACUCCCACAGUGCAGCAGUGGGCUGAAAGGCUCCUCAAGCUUGGCCAGAGUGGGCACGGAGGCUGAAGAGUUGCCGAGAGCGAGCAAGGGCUGCCAGAACGCUGUCACUUCUCACUAUGAUCUAGGACCUCCCGGACAUAUUGUCUACCCUAAGCACCAGGCUGGACACAUUGGGAAACAGGCUGGCCACCUGGGCUCCCAGGCCUUCUUCCCAGGACGUCAGCAUGGCUACCUAGUCCCACCUGCUGGCGUGGCUGGCAUUCCUGUUCAAAAUCAGCCAGGUAGACCUGCAGGGGUACCAUGGAUGCCAGCACCACCACCACCAUUAAACUGUCCACCAGGAUUGGAAUACUUAAGUCAGAUAGAUAUGAUACUAAUUCAUCAGCAAAUUGAACUUCUAGAAGUUCUAUUCAGUUUUGAAAGUAGUAACGUGUAUGAAAUCAAGAACAGCUUUGGGCAGAGGAUUUAUUUUGCAGCAGAAGAUACUAAUUUCUGUAUCCGAAAUUGCUGUGGGUGGUCUAGACCUUUUACCUUGAGGAUUACUGAUAAUGUGGGUCGAGAAGUCAUAACUCUGGAAAGACCACUGAGAUGUAACUGUUGUUGUUGCCCCUGCUGCCUUCAGGAGAUAGAAAUCCAAGCUCCUCCUGGUAUACCAGUAGGUUAUGUUACUCAGACCUGGCACCCAUGUCUAACAAAGUUUACAAUUCAAAAUCAGAAAAGAGAGGAUGUGCUAAAAAUUAGUGGUCCAUGUAUCGUGUGCAGCUGUUUUGCGGGUGUUGAUUUUGAGAUUACAUCUCUUGAUGAACAAAUUGUGGUUGGCAGGAUUUCUAAGCACUGGUCUGGGUUUUUAAGAGAGGCGUUUACAGAUGCUGACAACUUUGGGAUCCAAUUCCCUAGAGACCUUGAUGUUAAAAUGAAAGCCGUGAUGAUUGGUGCCUGUUUCCUCAUUGACUACAUGUUUUUUGAAAGAACUAGGUAAUGACUGGAAUGUCAGAGUGUGGAAGUGGAUUAAUGAUUCCGGAUCUUUGGCUAGGCAAAAUGAAACUAUAACUGAUCUAAACGGUUCCUUCCUUCUUCUACUGUGCAAGGAAGACGUGAGGAAAAACUCGCACACCAUCUGUGGAACUCAUUUAAAUUCAAAUACUAGAUAAACAUUUCGCAUUGAAUAUUUACAUGGAGAAAAAUCAUCAAACAUCAACAAUUAUUAAGUUAAUUAAUAAAAAUACUAGGUAUUGCAAAAAAG